CAGCACGCAUGCGCGAGGCAGUGCUGAAAACAUCGCCAUUGAGAGGUGUACGUGUUGUUGUGUGCCGCAAAUUUUACCCAAUAUUACCCUCCUGUCGCGAGUUACCGAGGAUCUUACAGUGCGUGCGUGCGUUGUGAUGUGCUAUGUGCCACUCCCACACCUGGACCCCUGAGUAUAGUGUGCGAGGAUAGCGAAAUAAGGUGCACCACACAAGAUGAGCACAGGAAGUGGGGAUGCGGACUCCUCCACCCCCCAGAAGCUACGACCAUCCCCACAACCAUGAUCGAUGCCUCCACCACCAGCCUGCCACCCCUCACCUCCCCAGGCACCAUGAGUCCCACCAACAUCCCCAUCGAUGACCUGCCCUUCGUCCAGACCACAGCAGCUCAGGCCAUCGCUGGUGCCUUCGUGUGGGCCGCCCUGCUCAUCACAUGCCACCAGAUCUACCAACACCUGCGUUACUACAGCAAUCCAGCAGAGCAGAGAUGGAUAGUAAGAAUUCUGCUGUUCGUCCCCAUCUAUGCCUUCGACUCCUGGCUCUCCUUGCUCUUCUACAACAUGGACAACUACAUCUACUUCAACACCGUCAGGGAUUGCUAUGAAGCUUUUGUGAUUUAUAACUUCCUGAGCUUGUGUUAUGAGUACCUGGGUGGCGAGGGCAACAUUAUGAGUGAGAUCAGAGGCAAGCCAAUCAGGUCGUCCUGCAUGUACGGCACCUGCUGCCUGGCAGGGAAGACCUACACCAUUGGGUUCCUGAGGUUUUGCAAGCAGGCGACACUCCAGUUCUGCUUCGUCAAACCGGCCAUGGCAUUCAUUACCAUCAUCCUGCAGUUCCUUGGGAAGUACCGGGAUGGUGACUGGAGUCCCGAGGGUGGCUACCUCUACAUCACCAUCAUCUACAACAUAUCGGUGUCACUGGCCCUGUACAGCCUCUUCCUCUUCUACUUUGCCACCCGGGACUUGCUGCAGCCCUACGAUCCAGUACUGAAGUUUUUCACCAUCAAGUCCGUCAUCUUCCUCUCCUUCUGGCAAGGUGUGUUACUUGCCAUCCUGGAGAAAGCCAACGUGAUCAAGGCCGACCCGCACCUCAACACUGGCACCGUCUCAGCCGGCUACCAGAACUUCAUCAUCUGUGUGGAGAUGUUCUUCGCCUCGGUGGCUUUGCGCUAUGCCUUCCCCUACCAGAUCUACGGAGACUUCACCGUCUCCGGGCCAGGCCGCAGUGUUACCAUGCAGAGUAUCUCCUCCUCCCUCAAGGAAACCAUGAACCCCAAGGACAUCAUGACAGACGCCAUCCACAACUUCCACCCGCAGUACCAGCAGUACACCCAGUACAGUGCAGGGGGAGGAGGCCGCCCCACACAGGUACUGACGCAGAGCCACGACAUGGAGGAGCUGCGACCUGACCUCCUGCCCGUCUCAACCUCCACCACCACCGCUGGCACUCCCGACCCCACCACCACUGCCACCACUCACCCUGCGCGGGGCCGUGGUGGCAGUGGUGGGGGGGCGGGGACCACUGUGGUGGGGUCAGGCCUCAGUGUCAUCUCGAGUGCCGUUCCCUCAACAACACAGGCCCAGCAGAUUACUAGGCUGCCUCCACCGCCCUCCAAAGGAGGCACCACCAGAGGAUCGGGACACACCGCAGUGAGCACAUAUGACGCAGAUGAGGCGCCCCGCUCAAAUAGCAGCAACGGGAUAAAUGGGAUGAGUGGGGGCCAUGGGAACAGUGGUGGUGGCACGGGAGGUGGUGGAAGGGGGCCACAGAAUGGAGGGCGGAACGGAAAUGGACGGGUCGCCUAUAAUGAGAAGACGAUGCUGUUGAGCUCCGAUGAUGAAUUCCAGUGAGGCAGUGAGGGUUGAAUGUCAUCCAAACCUCAAAAGGUGCAGCUGACACGAAGCAUUCUCCUCCACACACGGCAGGAAGGAAGGAAGGAAGCCAGGCACCAAACACCAACUCAUACCUUUAGUUCACUUGUCCUGCAGUACCGGGGAAAAACGUCUUUCGUUAGUGUGGGAUCUUACUUGAGCAGGAGAGCAGGUGGGACGGGUGGGUGUCUGGCCAGAUGUCACACUGGUGCUUCAAGCUGCCUAGGAAACUGUUCAAUACAUUUUUUUUGGUGCAUCAUAACUGUUUCUCCACCUCCCUAAUUCCAUCAUCAUUUUUGCAUCAUUGUCCUUCCUCCUCUUCCUCCUGUUUUCCUUGUCACAAAUGGAGCAUUCAUGACUUGAGUUUCGUGUUUUAUUUAUUUGAAGUCUGCUACAAGUCUGCUUUCUUUCUAACAUUGUGUACCAAGAGCCACAGACGGCGUAGCAGGUGCCGAGAAUGACUGACUGAAUGAGUGUGUGUGUGUGUCAUGAAGUCAAUUCAUCUUGUCUGUGUCCGUCUCCCUGAUUCUUCCAAAUGCGAUGCUGUGUUGUGCAAGUCAAGUCAGGAACAGAAAGCUGUGGACACUCUUGACAUUAUGAUACACUUGAAGAACUGAGGCAUUCCUAAUUGUACAGCCUUAUACGCAUUCCAUGUAAACAACCACAAUUGUCAGUAAAAUAACAAGAAAACACACCACAAUGUUUCAGCAUCACCAGAAAAUUAACAACCAUUCCAUUACGUGUCCGAAUUGUAGCGGCUGACAGAGCAAGUGUAGAGUGUGUGAGGAGUAGUUAGGGAAGGGGAAAUGUGUGCUGGUUCUUAAUUGUCCCAUCAAGAGUUAUGAUUAAAUAUCCCUCAAAAACAUAUUCCACAUCACAGGCUGACAGUGCAGCCUCGGGAUGAUUCCUUUGUCACAAUAACUGCAGAAAAGAACAUCAUACACGGACGUCAUUCCCUUUUAUGAUUUCCGUGGAGUGUCUUGUGGAAAACUAAUAUGCUUGUGUGCAUCUGAGUGUGUGUGUGUGUGUGUGUGUGUGUGUGUGUGUCAGAAAGAAAGUUGCAAGUAUUAGUCAUACUUGAAGUGGAUGCACAUGUGCUAUUUAAACACCUCAUUAAUAGUUCAUGGUGAAAAAUUGAUGUGUGAGGGAAUGCAUUAUCUUAUGUGAUGCUGCUGGUACAUCAUCUGUAAACAUUCUGUAGCUUAAUGUGGGAGUGAUUCAGAAAAUUGGCUACAGGCAUUUUGAUAAAAGAUGUGCUUGUAUGUAGCAUUGCAUUUGUGGAUUUUGUAUUCUUGUGAGAUCUUUUUAUCACUUGCUGGCAUUCAGAAUUACUGUACUCUGUAAAUGCAAAAUAUUUAUAUCACUGAGUUUCAAGUAAAUUUGUAAACUUCACCCAUGAACAUUUCACCUAAAACAAUUUCACUUUACUUAGACCAAGCUAACUUUUCAUGGUGGAAUUUCUUUUAGGAGAAAUUCACCUAAGGGCAACUUACCUUAACACAAGUGCUUUCAUUCAUCAGACCCAAAAACAAUACCAAAUUCAUCCCGGUUUUUAGUUUGCUUAAGAGUGCAAGUGUGUGAUGUGUUAGGAGGCUGAGGUGUGUGUUGUGUGUGGAAGGCUGAGGUGUGUGUGUUGGGAAGGUUAAGGUGUGUGGUGUGUGUGGAAGGUUAAGGAAGAUAAUGAAGUGGGGGGACCUGCCUCUGGCCUUCCCCAUACUGAUAAGUCAAUGCUCUCUUGUACAUGAUGAGGAACACUGCAGCUCCUCCAGGCAUUUCAGUUCUGUUGGAUCAUAUCAUGUAACAAUAUCAUUUAAAAUUGAUCAAGGUUCACAAAGACUGCAGUGGGAGGCAGUAGCUGUGUGAGAGAGCCUUUGCUUACUGAGGAAGAGUAUGCAUCCUUGAGUUCUGUAUAAUUUGUUGGUUGUGCUGGCAUCAUGUUAUUGAUGAGUGUUUGAAUUGGUUCAGUAUCAGGAGUGGCUGUCCUGCCACACAGCUGCUGCAGUGGGAGGUUGGUGACCAGUGAGGUGUGCAACAUCCCAAGAUUCAGUGUUAUAAGAGGAUUUUAUUUAUUUUUUAGUGGAUGAUUGAUGAAAUACAUCAUUGAGAAGACCCAGAGAUUUUACUAUCAUGCACACACACACACACACACACACACACACACACACACACACACACACACACACACACACACACACACACACACACACACACACACACACACACACACACACACUGACACGCACACACACACACAGACACGCACGCACACGGACACACACACACACACACACACACACACACACACACACACACACACACACACACUGUAUGAUGUGCUGUGCAUAGUGUACCAGUGAAUGUUAGAUCCAAACUUUAUUUUUAUAUAGAAUGAAUACUUUUCUGCAGAUCAUAACAAAAUGCCCUAAAUAAACUUAUCCCCACACUGAGGAUGAGUUCUCAGUCUUAGCUAAACAAAAUACCCAAGCAGUCAGUAGACUGAUAGAUGGUAUGUGUAAUUUAUAAUGUGUAUAUGUGCACAUGCACAAAUAUGUGUGUAUGCAUGUGUAUAAUAUCCAGCAAGUCACUGUUCUGCCUAGGGUGUGUCUGCUAAAUGCUUGAACACUUUCCACUGUGAUUUUUUUUUGUUAUCUAAUAUGAUUUCCUGAGGGAUUUUCCUUUGUGAUGAGGGGCAUCAGAUGUGUUUUGUACAUGUGUCUUAUUUUCUGUCCUCCUUGCCUCCUCUCAGCUUUUUCAUUUAACAUUAGGACUGUGGACCUCAGAGCUACUUAUAAUAUGAUUUCUGGAAACACUUAUAGAUUCAGAAACCCAUGAUGAAAGGAAGCUUUACUAUACAUAUAUCCCACAAGUUAAGGCCGUGAGGUUUGGGCUGUGUUGCAUGUACAUACAUUAGCAGCCCUCCUGUCUGGCUGAGAGUUGGUCCUGCUCACUGCAAACUACUGUUCCUGUCUUGGGUGUCUGUGUGGAUGUGAGUGCAGUGGUGUCAAGUGUGUGGCUGCUGUGACCUGUGUUGCCUGGAGUGUUGGUUUACUAGAGUAGAUCCAUGAGGAACUGGGAUUGGUGGUGAGCUCAGGCUUGGAUAGUCUCCCCUGUAGAUGUUGCCUUGCAUGGAUCAAGAAAGAGAAGCCCAUGUGUAUAUAUUUUAAGAGUACAAACAGAUGAUUUUUUUGUCACAAGCUUACUAAUUGAGACACACACACACACACACACACACACACACACACACACACACACACACACACACACACACACACACACACACACACACACACACACACACACACACACACACACACAUAUGCUUAAGGCAAAUGGGUGAGCCACUUAAUGUGAGCCCCAGUUCACCUAGCAGCUAGUAGGUAUGGAAUAUAACCUGAGGGGUUGUGACCUCACUGUCCCAGUGUGUGGAGUAUAAGUGGUCUCAGUCCUACCCAAAGAUCGCUCAAUAUGAGCUCUGAGUUCUUUCCGUAGAGUAACGGCUGGCUGGGUGACCAGAAGACGACCACAGGUGAAUCACACACACACACACACGCGCACACACACACACACACACACACACACACACACACACACACACACACACACACACACACAUCAGUGGUCAUUUUAAACAGACUUGGUUGUGAUUCAUUGUCAUGGUACAGACAGCAGCAGUCUUAUUUACUACCACAGAACAGUUGACUAAAAAUACAACACUGCAAUGAGAGGACUUUGAAGAAACUUUGAAUGCUGCUUAGUUUAUUUUUUUGUGGAUGGACUUAGUGUUGCAAGAAAAUGCUUGAAACUGUAACUUUACUUUUUUCUAAUGUCUCAACAGUUUUCCUUAAGAUAAUGGGAUUGGAAACAUCAGAAAAAAACUAUUGUUUCAACUUGUGUUUUCCUGCACCACUAAUUCUAUUUAAUUAGUUGUAGUUAAAAAAUUAGUAUACCAUUUGGGAAAUACACUUGCAUAUCCAUACUAGAUCUAUAGUGAGUUUUCUGGGCCAUGCAGUGCAAACCAGUCAGUGUUUGAGGUCUCAAGGGAGUGGGGGUGGCUGGGGAGGGGUAAGGGGUCCAGGGUCAGGUCAUGGGGAGACUGAGGCAGGCAAGUCAAGGCAGCAGGUUACCAUGGCACAUCCUAAACCUUUCCUUAGUUCUAGCUCUGAAAAUCCAAGUCAGAAUGUUAUAUUUAAGGAAAUUAUCCUAUGAAAUCUGUAGUUGAUACUUGCAUUGUGUACUUAAUUUGAAGAAGUUAUUGGAAUAAACUUAUUUUGAUUAAUAAAAUCACACAGAAAAUUUUAUUUGGAAUAUAUAUAUUACUUACCUUCAUUAGAAUAAUUAGUAAAUUGUAGUUUUGGUAUCAUAGAUUUAGUUGAAGUGUUACAGAAUUUUGUUCUCUGGUGGUUCAGAACUGAGGCUCAUAAUACUGCCACCUUAGUAGUCAAGAAGGAGCUUAAGAGAAACUGGUUAAGUUUGCUUUGUGCUGCAGUGUUGGGCCCUCCUGACUUGCUGCCGAGACUGUGGUGAUUGUGCUACUUUUCAAAUUACCUUCUUUUGUAGAGUUCAAUUUUGGUAAGCAAGCUAUUAAUAGUUUUAAGUUACAAAAUAGUGGUAAUAUUCCACGACACUGCAAGGGAAUGCCUUCCACUUUGCUGUGUUGUGUUGAGUGUUGCAAAGGUUGUGUUAAUGUUUAUGUAGCACCAUAUGUGGCUGAUGUGACAGCUUGGUGUGUAUGGCUUUUCCCUCAUUACUUCCUUUGUUUCUUAUCUGUUCAGAUCAUCAAAUGAAUGCAAAAGUGUUGGACUGUCCUCUGUCAUCUUUUCAAGACCUCAUAUAGUCUUUCUAUAAGGAAACUGUCAAAGAUCACUUCAAAAAUGGACACUAAAUUUCUUAAAUUGCAUUUUGGAAGUAUUUAUUUUACUUAUUAUUAGUUCACAGUGAACUUCUUACUAAGUUGAUGCUACACAGGGAGAACAAAAAUGUCAUUCCUUUUUAGUUGGUUUUCUUUGUCAAGGAUUUCUUCAUCAGGUUAAUGUCAAAGAGGAAUCCUCCCUGUGUAGUAUAAUGUACCUUUAACAAUGAGAGAAAUAUAAUGAUGUGGAAGUAAUUGAAGAAAAGGAAUAAUAAACCUUGAAGUGCAUGUGGCAACUGAAUAUUUAUCUGUUAAUGGUGUGAAAGUUUAGUGUGUGUGUUUGGGUGUGUGUGUGUCCACCAAGGCAUCUAUCAGACCUUGUAUAGAUCACCCAGUGCAGAGUUAUGGGGCAAGCGUGAGGCAGUUAUAGAGCUUUUGAUGCAUAAGGUUUCCUUCUUGUAUGGCAGCAAACUUUGACUUGGUUCAUCAUUGCCUUAACAUGAGUGGCAGAUCUUCACUGGAGCAGGAAACUUCUGACCAUUUUGUCAUUACUUUACAUGGCUGCAAUGAAAAUGUACACACACACACACACGCACACACACACACACACACACACACACACACACACGCACACACACUACUGGGAUGUCACCAAGUUUGAAAAGGAAAAAUUUUGUUUCAUCCAUUAAUCAGAGUUUAAGUUGAGUAAGAGCAGUAGGUCCUUGUCAACAAUGUGACACCCUCACCAGGGAGAGCUUUACCUUAAGGUGUGCGGCAGCCUGUGCAGUUUGGUGUUAGGUGUGGGCUGUGCCGGGUGUAUUAUCCAGAGAGCAGAGGAACAGUAUGUAACCAAAGAGUAUCAACUAUCAUUACAGGUUUCAUAUCAGUGACCAAAAGAGACCAAUGGAUAGACUCUACAAAUCAAUGACCUGUUCUUUAUAUAUAUGAUAUAUAUAUUCAACUAUGUAUACAGUUAAUGAGAAUGUUUAUAUAUAUAUAAAUAAAUAAAUAUAUAUAUAUGUGUGUGUAUAUGUAUGUAUGCAGUGUCUCGGAGUGUAUUUUUUUAUGAGUUCCAUGAUGCUAAGUGAACUGCACAAGCUUAGUGUAUUCUGUGCCAUUUUUUUUUUUUUUUUUUUUUUAUUCACUAUACUUUUAUUGAGGUUCCUCAUACUACAAUAUCUCUUAUAAGCUUUCCUUUAUGUAUAGUUCCUUACAUGUAAACAAGACUUGCUUCAGUUGACCAAUUUCUGUCGUACAACAAUCACGUUUGGCGCCCCGGCCUAGCGUCCCUCAGGCUAGUCAUCCCAGUGCCUGCAGACUUGUUCAUGUACACAGCCAAGCCAGCUCAGGACAUCCCUUGUUUGCCUCACAUCCUUUAGUUUAAUGGCUUGUACUCCUGUGAGAACUCAUGGUCAGUUUUCUUUAGCACUAGCAACCAGAGCCUCUCUCUUUAGUGUUCUCAGACAGGAAGCUAUGUUCCUCUAAAUGUGAGAACUCCCAUUAAUUUUUUACCCAUAAUUUCUAGAAUGAGAACCAAUCCUAUCAGUGCUUGUGGACAGGAAGUUGUGCGCCUGUAUAAGCAUGAGAACUCCUACGCUCAUUUUUUUACAAACCAGUGCUGAAAUGAGGACUUGUCUCUGCAGUGUUUCCUGACAGGAAGGUGUGGCCUGUGGAGGUGUUUUAUCUUUCAGUACCAGAGAUGAAAGCCUUUCCUCACAGUUCUGUAGGGCAAGGUGUAGUAUGUUGAUGGGUGUCUUUGUAUCCUGAAUGGAACUGACUGGAAAAUUGCCUGAGUUGACCCAAAAUUCAUCAUUGAUUGUUGUAUAUGACUGAUGUUUCCUGGGGCUCCAUGCAGUGAGGUGGCAGUCUGCUCCCAGGUGGACUGCUGUUGUAUGGAGAAUGUCACAAGGAUUAAAAAAUAUACAAUGUAUACCAGGAGUAGAAACUGUUAUUAUUUUUGGAGUAGUAUAUUUAUCCUAAAUCCUUGUUCCUCAUACUACUAUAGACGAAGAAAUAUUGGCAUUAUCUAAAGUUUGUUAUGCAAUGUUUAGUUUGGGAUAAUUUUCUUUUGAAUUCCUAUCAAAUGAGUGUUUGUACAUUAGGCCUAAGAAGUGAGGUCAUGAAAUUAAACAUUUUGUAGGUUGACGUCACCUCUUGGGGCAAUUGUACACCAGGUGUUUGUGUUGACUGUCAGGUAUGUUUUGUCAUUACCAACUGGUGCUUAUGAAUGAUGAUCAGUGGAUAUUUUUUAUGAUAAUAGAAGUGGUGAGUUAGAUGUACUUGCCUUGGUAAAAUAUUCCAAAUUUGUGAAGCUAUGUACCUCACACACACACACACACACACACACACAGAAAUGGAUCAGCGGAUUCAUUACACAUAGAUUUAAAAGAAAAUAUAAUAAUUUGGUUUUGAAAAGGACAGGAGAAUAUGAACUUGACUCACUCCUUUAAAAAUACACACACACACACACACACACACACACACACACACACACACACACACACACACACACUUUUCCUAGGAGGAGAAAAGAAAAGGGUUGUGACAAUCUUGCUGUGGUCCAUAUUCACGUCAUUCCAAAGCAAACACCACAUUUCCAUAAAGCUGUGUGUGGUAAAGUGUGUGUGAGUAAUGGUGAAGCUAUAAGAGCAUGUUGAAUUACCUGUUUGACCAAGACAAGUUUGUGGUAUCUAUGGAAUUUAACAACUUAAGGAUUGGCUGUAAAAAAAAAAAAAAAAAAAAGAAUAAUGGCUCUUUAUAAUUCUUAUUGAUUCUAUGAUGUUUUCUUGCAAACCAAAUCAAAACCAUUAGAUAAGGGACUAUCUGCUUUAUCUAUCUUGAAAGUGAGGCAUUAGAGAUAGACAGUUAAAGGCUUACAGUUUGGGACAAUAGAUCUAUGUCUUUUGGGAACAAAGCAUCAGAUAGACAAUUAAAAGCAACCAGUUUAGAGUGACAGACACCAAGACAGACAGGUUACAACAGACAAGUAUGCCAGUGACACCCAGGAAUGAGGCAGGGAGGAGCCUGAUUAUUUUACAUGCCAAGGUAGUGUUAGUUAGCAAUCAACUUCCAGGGUUGUGCAUGAAGAUAAGAGAAAUUGAGUAGUGAGAAGGUAAAGGAAAUAUAUUUUCUAUGAAACAAAGGUAUUCUAUAUAGUAAAUAGUCCUUAUUUCUUAUUUAUAUCUCUCAUUUUUGCCCAGCCUUUCCCUUCAGCAUUGUUCAGUUCUCACCCUCAGAGGCAUCAUCAUCAUUACUCUUGAUUUACUUCCUUGUGUCCUGAAUGCAGAGGGUUCAUAAUUGUUUGUCCUUCCUUCCCGGGGAUCCACUCUAUGCUUUUGCAGAAUAGUAUUUUGACUUGCUUCAUAUUUUUUUAUGAAUAAAGUAACUGAGAGAGCAAGUCUAAUUAGGGCAAACAUGGUGUAUUUCUGUGAUUAUCAAAUGCUAUUGUAAUUACCUUCCCAUUGUCACAAUACUGUACUCCUAAUAUGCUGUACAAGCAUUACACGUAAUAUGUAAACCAUACAUCCAUUAUAGGCCAUGGAAUAAACAAAGUGGCUUGA